CGUCACCACGUUCUGAACUUAAGGGUCGAAUCAUGAAUCGUUUCUCAAACGACGUAUCAAUCGCGGAUCACCAAUUGAUGAUAUCAUUUCGUUCUAUGACCAAUACGUUUUUCGGUUGUAUGGUUACCUUGGCUCUCUCUAUUAUUCCCAGCCCCUAUAUCUUCAUCUUCCUGGCUGUUCUCAUUGGCUUUUACGGGUUUAUUCAGGUCCUCUUCGUUGCAACUCGGAGACAAUUACAGCGUUUGGACUCUGUUAGCAAGUCGCCAAUUUUCUCUCAUUUUGUUGAGACGCUUCAUGGGACAGAAACUAUUCGGGCCUACGGACUAUGUGACCUCUUUGUAAGCACCAAUGAUGCUCGUAUUGAUGCAAAUAACCGCGCUUUGUACAGUGUCAUUUCUACCACUCGCUGGGUUUCAAUUAUGUUGGAGACAGUAGGUAACCUCUUGACCCUGGCGACAUCCGUGGCCUUCGUAGCUGCUACACGCGAAGGUGGUCUGGAUCCGGGUCUAGCUGGUCUGGUCAUCUCCUUCACUUUCAAUGUUACUCAAAGUCUCUCAUGGUUUGUUCGCAUGUCUGCGGAGUUGGAAACCAAUGUUGUCUCUGUGGAAAGCAUACUCGAAUACUCAGAACUUGCCAUUGAGGCGCCUUGGAAUGUUCCAGAUAAACAACCUCCUCCACAAUGGCCUGAAGGGGGGAUCGAGUUCAUCAAUUAUAGUACUCGUUAUCGUGAAGAUUUGGACCUUGUUCUCAAAUCAAUUUCAGUCUCUAUUAAACCAAGUGAAAAAAUUGGAAUAGUUGGACGAACCGGUUCGGGCAAAUCUUCAUUGGUUUUGGCUCUCUUCCGAAUCAUCGAACCGACGGGAGGAGAAAUACGUCUUGAUGGAAUUAAUAUCUCUGAGAUUGGUCUUCACGAUAUUCGAGGAAGAAUUACUCUUAUUCCACAGGAUCCAGUGCUGUUCUCCGGCACCCUUCGCUUCAAUCUAGAUCCAUUCAGCAACUACACUGACGAGGCAAUUUGGGAGGCUUUGUCAACAGCAAAUCUUCGUUCUUUUGUUGAUAAGACAUCAAGUGAGGGCCUUAAUAUGCCAAUUUCCGAAGGAGGUGGCAAUCUCAGACUGACAAUUCCCGAACUGCUGCUAAUUUGCCUGGCUCGUGCCUUGCUUCGUCGUUCGAGGAUUCUGGUGUUGGAUGAAGCCACCGCUGCUGUAGAUCCUCACACUGAUCGCCUUAUUCAACAAGCCGUCCGAACAGAAUUCGCUGAUAGCACAAUUGGAAUAGUUGGACGAACCGGUUCGGGCAAAUCUUCACUGGUUUUGGCUCUCUUCCGAAUCAUUGAACCGACGGGAGGAGAAAUACGUCUUGAUGGAAUUAAUAUCUCUGAGAUUGGUCUUCACGAUAUUCGAGGAAGAAUUACUCUUAUUCCACAGGAUCCAGUGCUGUUCUCCGGCACCCUUCGCUUCAAUCUAGAUCCAUUCAGCAACUACACUGACGAGGCAAUUUGGGAGGCUUUGUCAACAGCAAAUCUUCGUUCUUUUGUUGAUAAGACAUCAAGUGAGGGCCUUAAUAUGCCAAUUUCCGAAGGAGGUGGCAAUCUCAGACUGACAAUUCCCGAACUGCUGCUAAUUUGCCUGGCUCGUGCCUUGCUUCGUCGUUCGAGGAUUCUGGUGUUGGAUGAAGCCACCGCUGCUGUAGAUCCUCACACUGAUCGCCUUAUUCAACAAGCCGUCCGAACAGAAUUCGCUGAUAGCACAGUACUCACAAUUGCCCAUCGUCUCAAUACCAUCCUCGAUUACGACAGAAUCAUGGUACUCGAUGCUGGUCAAUUGGUUGAAAUUGGAUCACCAUCCGAACUGGCCUCACGUCCAGAUUCAAUCUUCCGUGGAAUGUUGAAGGAGUCAAAUCUACUGAGAACAAGUCGUCACUUCGCCAAGUGA